GCAUGAAGGGUCUCUGCGAGGUUCAGAAGAAUGAAGAUCAAGAGAAAGAAGCUGAGGCCACUGGGCCUCAGGCAGAGACCCUGGAGGCCAAGAGGUCCUGGACUGCAGAUUCACGCUCUGCUCUGGAAACAGAAGGCACCCAUGGGUUUGGAGAACAGGUCAUGGCAACCCUCUAUCUGGAGUCUUGCCGGGCCAAUAGUGUUGUGCCAGUUUCUUGUCUUCUGCGCCAAGGGAGUGCCUCCGAAUUGAACCUUCGGCACCGUGGCCUGGGGCCCCAGGGGGUCCGGGCGUUGGCUUCCGUGUUGGCCUCUAAUCCUUACAUCAAGCAUCUGGAUCUUCGGGACAAUGGGCUCUGUGGUGCUGGAGCAGAGGCUCUGGCUGAUGUCCUGAGUAAGAACAGCGUUAUCUCUGAUGUGGACCUGUCAGAGAAUCAGAUUGGAGCUGCAGGGCUUCAGGCGAUCUGCACUGCCCUUGCCUUAAACCCAACUGUUGAGAAGAUGCAGCUGCAAGGGAACAGGCUGGAGGAACAGGCAGCCCAGCACCUCGCUGCUCUUCUGCUGCAUCACAGGGGCCUGAAAUCCCUAGACCUCAGCUAUAAUCAGCUCAAUGACCUGGCAGGAGAGACACUUGGACCUGCUGUGGCAGAAAACACAGGACUCGCAGAGCUUAACCUCAGCUGGAAUCACCUGCGAGGUCUGGGAGCCACCGCGUUUGCCCGAGGCCUGGAGGCAAACAUAUUCUUGAAAGUCCUAGACAUCUCUCACAAUGGCUUUGGAGACUCUGGUGCCAGUGCGAUAGGUGAUGCCCUCAGGGUCAACAAUGUCUUAGAAGAACUGAAUAUGAGAAACAACCGAAUCUCCGUGUCAGGAGCCCUGAAGUUGGGGUUGGGUCUGCAAGUCAAUCAGACGCUACGGAUUCUUAUUGAUAUCCAAGUAAGCAGAGAAUGUGAGGACCUCGCUAGCUCCAUGAACGAAAUUCUUCCAGGACUCUGUAUAAAGCGUUACACUUCCAGAAGAAACGACUGGCCACAAGCCUCUACACCAUCCCAGCCAGCAUCUGCACCAAGUGACUCUGGUCUCUAAUAUGCUACUUUAACAUUCACGUUGCUGGCCAUUUAAUACACAACAUGUGUACCUUCCUUUCUGCUCUCUGGCAUCUCCCAUAAUCUGGCUUCAUUUGCUGUGGUUCAUUCAUUCAACCAAAAAGCUGCCCGUGAACAACACUGGACACAAGGUCCAUGACAUUUAUGUCAUCCAGAUUUUCAUGUUCUGGUGACUGGGUUCAACAAAACAUAAAGGAGAUAUGCAAAUGGAAUUCCCAAGCUCUCUUGCAAGAAGACGAACCCAUCGGAAGGCAACUGAACAUUACAUUCUGAAUUAUAAAA